AUGGCUGAUGAUCUGGUCCUCAACUUGGCGCCCAUGGUGGACGCCUCCUUCACUGCCAAGAAAGUGAAAUAUGUAGGAGGGUCUUGGAGAGAUCGUCGUAGGGCCCAGAAGAAGGACACUGCCCGCGACCAGGAGAGGAGUGGCCCGCCAUCGAAACCACCGCCAACCGACGACGCCUCUGCUCAAUCUUCCGGCGGCUUCUCUUCUGAUCGGCCGCAAAAGCGACAAAGAACCGACAACUGGCCCGCCAGCCGCCCAGGUGGUAACCACAACGACCCCUCCAAGCCCUUCCAGGUCGCCUCCAAGCUCUUCACCUCCAACCCGACAGCCAAGACCGUUUUCCACGAUGCCGCCCCGGCGGACGAGCCCGAGCCAGCGGUACCCUCCAAUGCGCCUCUUUCUGAGGAGGCAUCCAACUUCCAUGCCCUGGGUCUGUCGCGGAGGAUAGCCCAGCACCUGUCUUCGAAGCUCGAGAUGAAGGCACCCACAUCCAUACAGAAGAACACCAUACCGCAGCUCGUCGACGGGGACGAUGAUGCGUUCCUGCAGGCACAGACGGGUUCCGGAAAGACCCUGGCCUAUCUACUUCCAAUAGUGCAGCGCAUCGUCGCUCUGAGUCGGAAUGAUGACGGGAGCACAACUGGCGCGAACAUACACCGGAAUUCGGGCUUGUUCGCCAUUAUCCUCGCACCAACCCGAGAACUGUGUAAGCAGAUUUCUGUUGUGCUGGAAAAGCUACUGCGAUGCUGCCCGUGGAUCGUCAGCACCACCGUUAUGGGAGGCGAGAGCAAACACUCGGAGAAGGCGCGCAUUCGCAAGGGCUGCAAUAUCCUCGUUGCCACGCCUGGUCGGUUGACAGACCACCUGGAAAACACGAAGAUUCUCGAUGUUGGAACGGUUCGCUGGCUCAUCUUGGACGAAGGUGAUAGGAUGAUGGAGAUGGGCUUCGAACAAGACCUCAAACAGAUUGUGACUGCAAUUCGUGAGGAGCCUCUCAAGGAGAAGAACAAGGAAGGUGUGCUGCUCACAAAGGCCAUGCCAAAGAGGAGGGUGACGGUCCUCUGUUCUGCAACAAUGAGGGCAAAUGUCAACAGGCUUGGCGAGAUCAGUUUGCAGGACGCCGUCCACAUUACUGCAUCCACUUCCAAGGACGACGCAGAGGGAGAUGCAAAGACAGAAGCAGUGUUUGCUGCACCGGCGCAGCUCAAGCAGACAUAUCUGGUUGUCCCGGCAAAGCUACGCUUGGUCACACUCAUAGCACUCCUGAAGGACGCCUUCGCACGGAAAGGCUCCGUCAUGAAAGCAAUCAUCUUCAUAUCCUGUGCCGACUCGGUCGACUUCCACUUCGACGUACUCAAGUCCACAGCGCCGGCUCAGGCCCUGGCACCGUCUUCACCGCCCCAGAAACCCAAGCCAGACCACACGGCCACCACCGUGCAUCCUGCGGCCUACAUUACGUCCCCGGCCAACCCGACCGUCCUCCUCCACAAGCUUCACGGCUCGCUCAACCAGCAGAUGCGUACUUCGACGCUCCGUUCGUUCUCGACUUGCAAAGACCCUGCCGUGCUCAUCACAACCGACAUUUCCUCGCGUGGUCUUGACGUCCCUGCCGUGGAACUGGUCAUCGAGUAUGACCCCGCCUUCGCCAUUGCCGACCACGUUCACCGUAUCGGACGUACGGCUCGUGCUGGCCGGCCCGGAAAGGCCUCUUUGUUCCUGCAGCCAGGUUGUGAAGAAGGAUAUAUCGACAUGCUGCCUACCACCCCGCCGGCAGUAGCCCAGUCCUACGAGACCGUCCUGCAAAAAGGCUUUGCCACCCCAGUGGCGCUACCCUCCGUCCCCGGCAAGGAUGAAGAAGAGCAGCAGCAGCUACCGCAGAAACAGUCUCCCCAUGCCAGAGCCGAAGCCCUACAGCUUCACCUCGAACAGCGCAUACUGGCGUCAGAGCCACCCAAGCCACCACCGACCAAGGGUGGCAGGAAGCCCUUGCCGGCACCGAAACCGCAGGGUACCGGGCCAGUGAUCAUUGACUCUGCCAGGCAGGCCUUUAGGUCCCAUAUCCGCGCCUACGCCACCCAUGUUAAGGAAGAAAGGCACGUUUUCGACAUCCAGCAGCUGCACCUGGGCCACAUUGCCAAGAGCUACGGGCUGAGGGAGGCACCGGGCGGCAUAGGAGGGGGCGUGCAGAAGCGCACGCACAAGAAGGGGGCACCGGCCGCCGGCGGUGCCUCUGCCACCUCUAGCGUGGGGAGCAAGAGAAAGGCGGACGUCAUGGACGAUGCGGACGGUGGCGACGUGGAUGCGGCUCUGGCGAGGAAGAAGAUGGAGGACAUGCUCAGGAAGAUGAACGCGGCCAGCGAGUUCAAUAUUGCAUAG